CGCCCACACAACCCUACAUCUUCUCCCAUCACACACCCACUCUGUACUCUGUUCGUACUCUCUCCUCAUUCUUAUCCAUUCUUCGCCGGAAAAAAUGGCUUCGACGCCGGCGAUGAGUGAUCCAUGCUUCGACGUCGAUAAGCUCAGCUACGAGAUUUUUAGAAUACUGGAGUCUAAGUUUCUCUUUGGCUACGACGAUCCCAAGUUCUUCCUCAACGAAUCCUCUUUUGAAACCCCAGCGAAGAAUCCCGUCUCUCCCACAAUCUCAUCCGGAAAGGUACGCAUUCUAUCCAUAGAUGCAGUCAGCGAUUACCUCCUUGCCGCCGCCUUCCUUGCCCGAAUUGAAUGCUCUCUCCGCAUCCAAUCCGGCGAUCCCGCUGCUCGGAUCGCUGAUUUCUUCGACAUUGCCGCUGGAUCAGGGGCCGGAGGCGUCAUUUCCGCCAUGCUGUUCGCCCGUGGAGUUGACGGCCGCCCUCUUUUCUCUGCGGAGGAGGCCCUAUGUUUUCUUGCGAAGAAUGGUCCCCCUUCGACCAAGCGGAAGGGGCUUCUCCGUGCGAUGAUCCGAAAGCCGAUUGACGGAGCUUUUCGGAGAAUAUUUGGAGAAGCAACACUGCGGGAUACGGUGAAGCCAUUACUCAUCCCCUGCUUCGACUUCUCCACUGGAGCCCCCUUCCUCUUCUCGAGAGCGGACGCCGUGGAAACUGACGGGUACGAUUUCCGAAUGAGAGAGAUCUGUGCUGCUACCUGCGGGGUCGUGAAGGCUAUGGAGAUGAAGUCGAUCGACGGACGGACGAGAAUCGCCGCCAUCGGCGGGGGGGUUGCAAUGGCGAACCCCACAGCGGCAGCCAUCACGCACGUGUUUCACAACAAGCAGGAGUUCCCCUUCGCCACGCGCGUGGACGAUCUCCUCGUGCUGUCGAUCGCCGGCGCAGAAUCCGAACUCACCGUCCGAUCAUCGCACUCAACCGCUGAGAUUUUACGGAUUGCCGGGAAUGGGAUGGCUGACACUGUCGAUCAAGCCAUGGCGAUGGCCUUUUCUCAGAACAGUAAAAACAACCCCAACUAUCUCCGUCUUCAGCUUCUUGGCCUGGGCUUAGACAACACAGAAGGCACAAAUCGAGAUGCAAAGAAGAUGAUGCAAACAGCAGAAGCAAUAUUAAGCCAGAGAAAUGUAGAAUCGGUUCUGUUUCAGGGCAAGAGACUCUCACAAGAAACCUACGCAGAGAAGCUCGAUCGGUUCGCAGGUGAACUGUUACAAGAACACGACAAGAGGAAGAAAUCUCGAAUUCCCACCGUCUUCAUCAAGCAGAUUAUGACACCAAGAACAUCCUCUUCAACAACCACCACCACCAGCACUACCAUAUCAGGUUCUCUCCCGACCCAAUAGCACCCGUUUGUAACACGAUAAGAGAAAACUUACGUUGAUUUCCGCCAUUUUUCCUGAUUUAUCGGAAAAGUGCGCUGUGGUUAGCGGGAAGGGAGUUUGACUGUUUGAGAGUGGGUUGUUAGUUAAAAAGUUAAAUAACUCGUUUAGGUGAA